AAUGGAAAUUGGUAGUAUCGCCACGAAGGCACAGACGAGAUCUGCAAUUAUAGAGCUGAGUAGUGGAAAAUGAAGAUCACUGUUUUUACGAUCGUCAUCGCGACUCUGAGGAGGAAACAUAAGAGAUAGAAAUGUGUAUAAAUAAAGGGGUCAUCUUCUUGCCAUUAUACCGUAUCAUUCCUCGACAUCAGAACACAACACCACACAGAAAGCUACUCUGCCUUCUAAACAACUCAACUUAAUUCUUUUACAAUGUCGCCCACAAAAUCCGCCGGCCUCGUCGGCCUCGCAACUCUUCUACUCCAAGUCAGCGCCUACAAGCUGACCGCCUAUACGGAGAAGGGAUGCACCGGUGAUGUCCAGCAGACCAUCGAAGACACCAAAUAUGGCGCCUACUGCCAAUACUUCGACGACAAGGCCGUAUCAGUCAAGGUAGAAGAGUCUGGUGACGAUUACCAAUGGAUUUUCUUCAACAACUGGUGCAGUAAAGACGCCCAGGUCGGUUCGUUCGUUGGAGACGGUUGUAUGACCAUGGGAAAGACGGAGAUUAAGGGUGUGAGUAACGUCUUACCUGAGGGUUCUCCAAACAAGCGAGCUUCUCCUGGCACUGUAACAACUUGGAAGAGCACGGACUGCUCUGGUACCUCAACCAAUCAAAUGCGAUUCGUCCAGGAAAACCUUCCUGUCACCCUGAAUGACGUCUCAUCUAUCAAGGUGAAUGAUGUACCAGAUGCGGACGUUGCUUUCGCUUGCAGCGACUCCGACUGCCAUGUUGAGAACCAAGUUGCAACUCUCGAGAACGGCAAGUGUGUCAACGUCGAAGGCAAGGAUGUCAAGUCUGCCAUGGCUAUCGGAGUACCUACUCCCCCCAGGGGCCGGGAUGUAUCACCGAAGCGCCGUUACACACGCAGCCUUAUGUUAGAGGCGCGAGAACGAGAUGCUGCUCUGGGGAUCCGCGACGACGGCAUCGAGUGCGACGCUAGUGACGGACCUGACUACCAAGAUGCCCUUAAGGUUGGCGACGACUGGCAGGGAGACAACGGGCUAUCGUGCUGCUGCCACGUCCCUGGUGGACCUACCUCGAAGUCUUCGGGCUCGGCUAAAGCCUCUUUCAGUGAGAACAUCCGGUGUCCCGCUGACCCCUCCGGCAUGCCGCCGCCACCCACCACUUGCCCCAUGAACUGCAACACGCUGAGGGGCUACGUCUACGCUAUCGCUACCAAGUGCAAGACCGAUGAUGGCAAGACUGGCGGUACAUACAAGCUCGCCGGUGAUCAAGAGAUCAAGGUGACCCACAGCUAAAUGAUGAUGUACUGGAUGAACGACUUCAGCUACGGCAGUGAUGGAUAUUUUACGACUAG